AUGUCAGCUGUGCUCCGUGCGCCGGUUCGUACGGCCGGUGUGAGGGGUGUCGCUCGUCGUGCUGCUCCGGCGGCGUCGAUGGGUCGUAGAUCAUAUGUCACUCCUACGGCACCGGUGAAGGCGCAGGCUUUGGAGAUUGAUACCGAGAUUGCUAUUUCUCCAAGAGCAGCUGAGACUGGCCACACUUUGGUUAUCGAGAAGGGCGAGGGUAACCGUCCCAUCUACCUCGAUGCGCAAGCAACAACCCCGACUGAUCCCCGUGUCGUCGACGCCAUGCUCCCCUUCUACACUGGCCUUUACGGCAACCCACACUCCCGCACCCACGCCUACGGCUGGGAAACCGACAAAGCAGUCGAAGAUGCCCGUAGCCACGUCGCAUCCCUCAUCGGUGCCGACACCUCCUCCAUCAUCUUCACCUCCGGCGCCACCGAAUCCAACAACAUGUCCAUCAAGGGUGUCGCAAAGUUCUACUCAGCAAAGAAGAAGCACAUCAUCACUACCCAGAUCGAGCACAAGUGUGUCCUUGAGUCAUGCAGAACACUUCAGGAUCAAGGAUUCGAGGUUACGUAUUUGAAGGUGAAGCAGGAUGGUUUGAUUGAUUUGGCGGAGUUGGAGGCGGCGAUUAGGCCGGAUACGGGGUUGAUCUCUAUUAUGACCGUCAACAACGAGAUCGGUGUGAUCCAGCCCAUGAAGGAGAUCGGAGCCCUCUGCCGCAAGAACAAGAUUUUCUUCCACACUGACGCCGCACAGGCCGUCGGAAAGAUCCCGAUCGACGUGAACGAGUGGAAUGUCGACCUCAUGUCUAUCUCUGGACACAAGAUCUACGGACCUAUGGGUGUCGGAGCUGUUUUCGUGAGGAGAAGGCCAAGGGUUAGAUUGGAGCCUUUGAUUAGCGGUGGUGGACAGGAGCGUGGAUUGAGAUCGGGAACUUUGUCGCCGGCGUUGGUGGUGGGAUUGGGAGAGGCAUGCAAGAUCGCGAAGCAGGACUUGGAGUAUGACCAUGCACACGUCUCCCGCCUUUCCAAGAAGCUCAUCGACGGUCUCAUGUCCCUCGAGCACGUUCUCCGCAACGGCUCCCCCGAGCAAUCCUACCCCGGCUGCGUCAACCUCUCCUUCUCUUACGUCGAGGGUGAAUCCCUCCUCAUGGCCCUCAAAGACGUUGCUCUCUCAUCCGGAUCCGCUUGUACUUCUGCGUCGCUUGAGCCAUCAUAUGUCUUGCACUCCUUGGGGUUGUCAGAUGAGAACGCACACUCGAGUAUUCGAUUCGGUAUUGGGAGGUUUACGACGGAUGAGGAGAUUGAUUAUGUUAUUGAGUUGGUGAAGAGUAAGGUUAAUAAGUUGAGGGAGUUGAGUCCGUUGUGGGAGAUGGUUCAGGAGGGUAUUGAUUUGAAUUCCAUUGAAUGGGAGCAGCAUUAA